AUGCACCAGAUUUACAGCUGCAGCGACGAGAACUUGGAGGUUUUCACCACCGUGAUUUCAUCCAAAACGUGUAGCCCUGCCCGGAGGAGAACCAAAGGCACCCAGCACAUUCUGACCAAGAGUGUCGUGGCCGUAUCAGAGCAUCGCCGCCCCCGGGCAGAGCAGCCGCAGCCCCAGCAGGGUGAGCUCCUGCAGGCACUGUGCAGAGAGGAUGAGGUGCAGGGCUUGGGGCACCUGCAGAGCAGGCAGAGGGGGCCCUGCCCCACCAAGGUGGGACUUGCUGAACGAGAGCCAUCCAGAUCCUGUAACCACCUGCUGGAUGGAAAAUCUUCGUCCCCACCAUCACCAGUUGCCCGUAUCACAGUGAGAGCAGCAGCUGUCCCAGGCUCACCUGGAGGCCACAACACUUCUGCACAAGAGCACAGGCAGCGCUGGAGGAAGACAGCAGAGUAUGACCUGACCCUGCCACCUGGAGCAGAAGCUUCCCUACCACUGACAGGAGGCAGCCUGUGUGGGACACCCAGCCUCCUGAGGAAGAUGUGGAUGAAGCACAAGAAGAAGUCAGAGUACCUGGGAGCAACAAACAGUGCCUUUGAGGCAGACUGA